CUCCAGUUGGUGCCGAUCCUUGCGACGAUGCUAUCCUUCAUCUCAUUUCACACUACCCGCCAAUGCCGCGGCGUCGCUUGGCGACAAACAUGUCGUCAUCUACCAACCAACGCGACACAUCGAUGCGUCGCUUCUGCGGCCCGAGCUCUCAACACCGCGGCGACUCCUGAGAGCACAGCAGCGUUUGUGGCAAAACACCCAGCACUGCCCUCAACGACUAUCCCCAAACGUGGACUGGUGCUAUCGAAGCUAGGCUUCGGCGCCUAUCGCGUUAACGAGACUCAGCCGGCACAUCGGGCGGCUCUUUUGAAGGCGAUUCAGGCGGGCGUAAAUGUUAUUGAUACAAGCUCCCAUUUCGGACAUGGCGCCUCGGAGAAAUUUGUGGGAAGCACGCUGCAGGAGCUGUUCAAGGAAGACAAGGUCAAGCGGGAGGAAGUUGUGGUAGUUUCAAAGGCAGGCUUCAUUCUUCCACCGACCUCGACCUUCCCGACGGAUUCCUUAGAGAACGUGCCUUCAUACGCCAAGAUCUCUGAAUCAUCUUACCACUCGAUUCACCCAUCCUAUCUCAAGUUCCAAAUCACAGCCUCGCUCACGCGUCUGCAACUGGACAAACUGGACAUCUUUAUGAUUAACAACCCAGAACGCAUGCUCGGCGAUAAGCACUUGCCUGGAGGAUACAGCAAGACCAGACUUUAUAAGGAGAUCGCAGAGGCAUUUGCGUAUCUGGAUCAAGAAGUUGCUGAUGGAAGGAUCGGAGGCUACGGUAUCUGUUCGAAUGCGUUGCAUCUACCUACGACGGAAGAUCAUUUGUCACUCAAGGCUAUCAUGAGAACUAGGGCUGACUUUGGAUGGAAGAAGGAAAAUUUUGUGGCGAUUGAGGUUCCUCUGAAUUUAUUUGAGCGCGAACUGGUCACGGAUGUAUUCCCUGCAAAGUCAUUGGCACGGGAAGCCAAGGAAUUUGACUUGUUCGUAUUUACAAAUCGACCUCUGAACGCGAUUGCUGGCGGACAGAUUGUCACAUUGGAGAACAAGGGUCAACAUACCCGUCAAGAAACUUCCACAAAGUUACUGGAAACACUUGACUUGAGUUUCACUUCGCUGGCGGAAAUGGAGCUGGAUAUCAAGGAGAUGAUCGAAGAAGAGUCGCUUGCCAUGAAAUUCGUUUGGAGUGAGGUUCUGUCCGAGAACCUUUCACGCCUGUCGUCCAACUACUUUGCAGCAAAACACUUUCUGGAGCGCGAGGUCCUGCCGGCGAUUGACCGUGAUCUCAAAAUCCUGGAGGAUAGCAUCACCACCGCUACGACGGAUGAGCAAGACCGUGAGGACAAGGACGCAGUCUUGUCAUGGAUCGACCGUUAUCGCAAGGAGGCCAAAGUCCUGACAACAGACAUGGCCACGUUCUGUCAACUGGACUCUGACAAGCGGAAUGAUGAACUCAAUCUGGUCCUGGGACUGAUUUGCAAGGAUUUCGUCUCGGAUGUGGGGCCCCAUAAGGUCGAGAACAUUGGGUCGCCGCUCUCGACCAAGUCAAUUCAGUUCUGCACGGCACAGGAAAACGUGGGUUGUACGCUUGUAGGGAUGAGAACGCCGGAAUAUGUGUAUGAUGCGGUGGUGGCUGCGGAGGCGAGUAAGCGGUUAACGAAGAAAGAUUUAGAGCUGAUUUCGCAGUGUCCGCUACUUUUGGCGACUAGCGAGUGAACAGUUCAUCCAGAUCGGAGCAAGGAGGAUAUGAAAUAAAAAGUCUUAAUGACCGAAUGACCG